AAGGCAGCAUCAUCACCACCUCCCCUGUCAGACAGUGACGUAACCUCCCAGCUAACAUUAGACGGACAGUGGGGGAAGCUCCGGGCAGCGUUUUGUUUUGAUCGCUUUUGUCUAGAUUUUUGGACAUUACGCCGACAUUUUGAAGCCCGCCUUUCGACUCUACCAUCACGCCUCAGUGCGGGGAUCCAGCAAAGAUGAAAUGGAUGUUUAAAGAGGACCAUUCCCUCGAGCACCGAUGUGUGGAGUCAGCCAAAAUACGCAACAAAUAUCCUGACAGAGUACCGGUGAUAGUGGAGAAGGUUUCUGGCUCUCAGAUAGUGGACAUUGAUAAGAGGAAGUACCUGGUGCCCUCUGACAUCACAGUGGCCCAGUUCAUGUGGAUCAUCAGGAAACGCAUCCAGCUGCCUUCAGAGAAAGCCAUCUUCCUCUUUGUCGACAAAACUGUCCCCCAAUCCAGUCUGACUAUGGGCCAGCUGUACGACAAGGAGAAGGACGAGGACGGCUUUCUGUAUGUGGCCUACAGCGGAGAAAACACCUUUGGUUACAAGGCCUUUUAUACAACACGGGGUUAACACUUAAUAACCGGUCUCUCUCUCGCUCUCUCACACACACACACACACACACACAAUACACUGACACACUGACACAAUAGAGCCUAACAUAUA